GUGUGUUUUCAUGUCAAAAUAAACUUUAACUUUGUCCACAAAGACCUUGCUACGGACUUUUGACACACAAUUUGAUCAAAAUUAACUAAACUUUAAGUUAAUGUUUAGUCAAAUGUUAAUGUUAAGUGUCAAACAACAAAAUAACACUAACAUCAUUACAAGUGUCAAUAAAUACUAAAAGUUUCACCCAUAAUAAUAGCCUAGUUAAUAGCCAAGACCAUUUAUCUGUGAAUUAACAUGGGCUUAUUAAACACCGGGGUAUUAGCGGGUAAGACAGUGUUCAUCACGGGUGGGAGUCGUGGUAUAGGAAAAGCCAUUGCCCUAAAAGUGGCCAAAGACGGGGCAAAUGUGGUGAUAGCGGCCAAGACUGCCGACAAACACCCGAAACUCGAGGGAACCAUAUAUACGACCGCCGAGGAA